AUGGCACGGCACAAGAGAGCUCUUUUUAUCAUUCGUCUACGCAAGUCCUUUGGUUCAAAUUUGCUGCUUCUGGCAGCCUUUUCCCUUUCACAGGACGCGCCGCCUGCUUCAGGAGGCACAUGUUCAGAUGCCGUACCGUGCGUGUCUGGGUGCUGCAAUUCUAAUAACGCGUGUGGAUUCGGUCCCAAAUAUUGCAGUCCUGAAGCCGGCUGCAAGAGUAACUGCAAUGCCACGGCAGAAUGUGGUCAAUAUGCUGCAAAAUCCCCUGGAGAUUGUCCUAUCAACGUCUGUUGCAGUCAGUAUGGCUUCUGUGGUGUGACAGAUGACUUCUGCGGCGAUGGUUGUCAGCCAAAUUCGGACGGUGGUGGAUGUGGUGAUGCCCCGCGACCCAAGGAUUGUAAAACGAAUACCGAUGCGCUUUCCUAUGAGCGUCGCAUUGGGUACUAUGAGCUCUUCGCUACUGAGCAUUACUGCAAUGUCUUCGAGCCUGAAGAUAUAGUAGUUGCUGGUCUCACUCAUUUGAACCUAGCUUUCGUCAAUUUUGGGCACGACUUUAAAUUACAGACAGGCGAUGGAAGCCUCAUAUACCGCUCGUCGCUUCUAAAGGUCAACAAUCCAGGGCUGCAUGUAUGCAUAUCAGUUGGGGGAUGGGACUUUAAUGAACCUCCCGAUCAGGCUCGUUGGUCAAAUAUGGCCAAUGACUACACGAACCGACAGACGUUCAUUAGCUCCGUCGUGGAUUUUCUCAAAGAGUAUGGGUUAGACGGCAUUGACCUUGACUGGGAAUACCCCUCUGCGAGUGAUCGUGGUGGUAUCCCCUCGGAUGCAGACGCCUUUGUGCUGUUGGUGUCGGAUCUACGUGAUGCAUUCGACUCGGAAAACCCUGGGUGGACCAUUUCGGUAACGUUACCAACCAGUUACUGGUAUCUACGGGGGUUCGACGUUAAGAAUAUGCAAAAAUACGUAUCAUGGUUCAACGUAAUGUCAUACGAUUUACAUGGUACUUGGGAUCAUGACAAUAAGUGGACUGGGCCAUAUCUUAAGGGACAUACAGACAUCACCGAGAUUGACUUAGGACUCGAUCUUCUAUGGCGCAAUGGCGUCGAUCCCGCCAAGGUGGUAUUCGGUAUGGGAUUCUAUGGGCGCUCAUUCACCAUAGCUGACCCCAAUUGUUACGAACCCAACGGCGUUUGUAAGUUUACUACGGGUGGCCGAGCCGGUACCUGUUCCAACACGGUGGGUAUUCUCACGUAUCAGGAGAUUGCGGCACGUAAUAGCAGCUUGGAUGUACAAACGUUUUACAACUCUACUACGACGGUCAAGUUCAACGUAUAUGACGGCGAUCAGUGGAUCUCAUAUGAUGACGAGGAGUCAUGGCAUGACAAAAAGGCGUUUCUUUCCAAGAGGUGCUUGAGUGGUCUAAUGAUCUGGGCCUUGGACCAGGAUAACUCGACAUUUGAAGCCUAUGGUGGUGUAAUGGGGGACACGUCAAUUUUAGAACUUGAGGGCGGCGGUCUAAGCCCCGAAGCGACGACUCAACUUGCCGUUCAGUUUGCUGCGUACACUGGACAGAACUGCUUCGUGACACCACGCUGUACAGAUGGGAGUUCUAAAGAGCAAGGCCCUCAGCAGGUCUGCCCAGGCGGAUACCAGUCCGUAUCCACGGCUCACACACCCAGGCAAGCUCCGGGUCAUGGCUACUUCGGGGAGUGCAGUGAGGGUUGGUGGCGGAGUAUCUGUUGUCCGAAAAACGCCCUCCCUAAGAAUUGCCGUUGGGUAGGCGCCCCUGAACGCAGCGAGAUUGGUUGCUCGGGAUCCUGCGGUAGCACCCAGUUUGAACUCAAUACGGACAGUUAUUUAGACGCGAAAGGCGAGCGAACUUGCUACUACGGCACACGCUCUCUCUGCUGCGACUCCACCGAGCUGGUCUCGGACUGUUACUGGAGUCCAUGUCAGGGACCGAUUCUGACCAACCCAGAGUGUAACGAAGGCUACACUUUCGAAGGAUAUCGAUUAGACAAACCUGACGGCACGCCGUGGUGCUCGGAUACGUAUGUCUCCCCUCUUGAUGGGAACAAGGGUAGUCCGGUCCACGGUAGCUUCCGAAGCGCGCUAUGUUGCCCAGAAAAGCAGGCCUGGGCUAACUGUGAAUGGUCUAAUAAUGCCGGAACAUUUGACCAUGAGCAUGUAUGUAUGCCCUCCUCAUGUGGAAAGAACAAAAUCCGGAUCGGAACCGCCCUUGAUCCACCCCCAUUACCUUCUACCGACUCAACAUUUCCGAUUUCCUGUUAUGGGUUUGUCGCUCCGCCAGGGAGAGAUAUGCACUACCCGCUGUGUUGCGACUUACAAAGUAAAUACAACAAGAAGUGGCCUGUUGAUCCCGAGAAGGUCUUCCAGACAUAUUAUAACACCCCUGGCGAUUCGGAUGUGAUGUGGCAGUAUAGUGACGAGUACACCAACAAUGAUAAAGAUGACGGCCAGUCAAGUUCUGAAGAUGGGGCCGAUGCUUAUGGCUUCCUGAUGCUCGAUGGGCCGGAAGGCUCCAUCGACAGUAGCUUCUCCACUACAAACACUAUUGUCCGCAAGGAGGCAGCAAUACCGCGUGUCAAGCGGUCACUCGUGACGUACAACCAGACCGUCAUGGACACCGUCUUUGAUCAUGCCGAGGAAACCUUUCAGUUCUACUGUAACUUCCCUGCGGGAUCAGCUGAGUGUAAUCGGCUGUGGAUAGACGGAGCCGAGGAUACCAUUAUCCGGAUGCCAGACCAUAUAGGAGAAGGCCCCUUCGCUCGUAUCGUUUCCAUUAGAGAAAUUUCAACGGACAAAGAAGGCUUCAGUCUUCCCGCUCACCAUAUCGAGCAUCGGGCUCAGCAAGGAAUCUACGACACGAAUCCUGUUUAUGAGGCUAAGGUUGAUUAUAACUUCUUGGCCAUAACUCCUAAACGCGAUGAUGAGCCGGUCUAUCUUCGUGUUGACUACACGAAUUUGCUGGGGUAUUGGGAUGAAGUGGAGGCCGCUGAUCCCGGUAAGAAAAGGAGCAAUAUGCCAAAUUGGCAGUCGCGCGUCAAGCGAGCAGCUAAGAGAGACAGGGCCAUAAGGAAGAGGUCGGCACCAAUCAAUGUAACCGUUCCCAUGGAUUCUAUUGCCUCUCGUUGUAGUAAUGGUAGCACUUCUGCUACCCGCUCUGUUGACAAAAGGUGGUGGGGAGUCAUUGGAGACUGGGUCAAGAAGAUGACGACGAUCGAGAAGUCCGAGUUGGGUGUGAUCCCGUUAGCCUGGGGAGAUACUAUCAAUCUGUUUUCAGCCCAAUGGGGAUGCCCAGGUCAAACCUUCUCAGCAAACUUGAGAAUGGACCUAGAAGCUAAUAUUGAGAUGGACGCCACCUACGCCUAUUACUUCCAGGGCCAGUUCAUUCCUCCAAAAAGCCCCGAGGUCUAUGCCUAUCUAGGCAUGGAGCCUUCAGCAUACGUUGGCCUUCACUUGGUGGGCAAUGCCAGGAUGCAGUACACCUCGGGCCGGAAGAAGCUCAUCGACACUCUUGCGUAUCCAGGCUUGGCUGUUAAAGGCAUUGCCGCCGUUGGGCCCACACUGGACGUUUACGGGGAGAUUCGAGGAAAGAUUACUAUACAUGGCGAAGCAAAUGCUGGAGCAACUCUCAACUUUGGCAAAGCCGAGGUAUAUUGGCCCUCAGAUGCCGCGGAGAGCGAGAAAGCCCAACAGCUGCUCGGUCUCGAUAGUACGGCCAAAAAGCCUGCCCCCGAUACGAUCGCGCCGACGUUCGAGGCGGGGGUAGAGCUUGAUGCACAACUGGAUGUAAUCGUAACACCCGAAGCCAAUGUCGGGAUAAAGAUUGGUGGUGGAAGUCUAGUGAGCGCGACUAUUAUGGAUGCGCGGCUUACGGGAUACGUAAUGGGCGACCUCUCAUUUCAGGCCUCAGGUCAGGCGGACACCAAUACGGGAAACUUCCAGUAUAGUUAUGGCGUUUACGCCUUCUAUAACAUAGGCUAUAAAGCCACCGCGGCUAUCUUGGGCCUUAUUAACUGGGCAACGGGCCCUCAACAAGCAUACACGCCGGACAAGCGCAUUGACAUAUAUGGCCCUAUAAGCGGUAAGAUUCCACUCCAUUCAAAGAGGGGACUUGAAGAGCCACACGGGAACGGCGACUACGUAGCCACCGGGUCUAGUCUCGGCUUACUACCACGAGCCGAUGGUGAUGACGAUGGCCUAUCCCCUAAUACCCCUGACUUCACGCAGCAGCUUAGCUGCCCCCCAGGAUCAUCAGCAGACGUGAAGCUGCCAGAGCUUCGCUUCAAUUGCGACCUAUUCGGCCCCGUGCAGAUACUACCAUUCGGGUCCGGGCAGUCAUAUUUACAGCAAGGCAUGUGCGACGGUUGGAAGAGAAUGUCGCCGCGCCCUACGGUACUAACCUACUCGCCCGAUAAAACCCGCAUCGGCAAACGACGAGACCAACAAUGCGCUGGUGGAUACUGUAAAGAUGCCCAACAACAGCUAAAUGCUGCUACAGGACGUGACGGCAGCUCCAAGGCAAGGUUAGAGCCCUUGCUCGAAUGCGACGAGGCCCCUUGGGCAUCAACCGAGGAAGGGGGCGAUUACUUGCCAAGUAACGAGCGCUCGGCUACCUGCGUGCCUGCAUAUCAGAAUCAAGGUUGGGGUGGAAGUUCAUGCCAGAAGAUGGUGGGCGAUUUAUCAACCAACUGGGGCCAGUUGGACCCAACUCUCGGCCUCGACGACUCACAGAAAGUUGAUAAUUGGCUCAAGUGGAGGGCCGACAGUGAUUCGUGGACCACCGCCGAUGCAGUAGGUGCUAAUAAACAGAGACCGGUAAAGUAUCCUAAUAAUCAACCUGACCCUGACGGAAUGGGCACUCGGCCGGAUUCUCAGACAUCUUGGCUAUUCCGUCGUAACUACACCUGGUCGCUCGUUGAGGACACGGCCGAUGCAAGCCAGUGGUGGGGUGCAACCGGCCGUGCGUUUGUCAAUACCUACACUGGGCCUGCUGGAUGGGAUUCCGUUUUGUGCGCCAUCAAUACCUUCGGCCAGGAUCAUCUAUUUAAGAUGGACGGAAGUUCUGAUUACAACGGCUACUGUCUUCGCGGACCCCAGUACACCACCAAGGGCUGGCAGUAUGUUUACCAUGCCGCGCGAUGUAAAAUCACCUUCGGCGCGGUGACGAAAAGGGAGAUCAACGGCAGCAAGGCGACGGGUACUGAAGACGAAUGGAGUGUACGGGAUAUUAAAUUUGUAGACACGCCCGAGGACGAGAAGCUCUCCUUUGUGGUCAGCCCGUUAAAUGUCGUAGAUAACCCCGUUAUGGUAAAGGGGAGGUCGCCGUAA